AUGCCUGGAACGUCAGAUGAGGAAACGUUCGGGAAUGUGUCCCCGACAGAUUCGAGCUCACUGACAAGUUCAGAGGAACACCCUUACACGGGGUUGGACGCUAAUGCGGAAAAACACAUUAAAGACCUGGCAAGGUCGCUCACACAGGCAAGUUUGGGGCAACAACAGGAAAUGGGGGAUCAGGGCUCCUCCAUUGGCGGUGGUACAGCCGCCCAGGACUCUCAAUCGAUCUUCUCGACCGAUUUGCUCCCGGGGAUAAACCCGAUUUACUCGGAUAAGAACUCGCAGGGGUACAAUCCUAAAUUGGACCCUUCGUCUCCGGAUUUCUCCUCGAAGGCGUGGGUGCAGAAUAUGUACAACUUGGAGACUAACGACCCAGAUUUCUACAAACCGUACUCUCUCGGUUGUACUUGGAAGAACCUGAGUGCAUCCGGUGACUCGGCAGACGUCACGUACCAAUCCACAUUCCUCAAUUUACCGGUCAAGUUGGUCAAAGGUGUGUACAGAUUGAUAGCGAAGAAGUUGGGCCGGUCUCGGGGACAAACUUUCCAGAUUUUGAAGCCAAUGGACGGGUGUUUGAACCCGGGGGAGUUGCUUGUCGUCCUCGGAAGACCAGGGUCUGGGUGUACCACUCUUUUGAAAUCCAUCAGUUCAAACACACACGGGUUCGAUGUCGAUGACGACUCUGUGAUUUGGUACAAUGGAUUGACCCCGCCAGAUAUUAAGAAACAUUUCAGGGGGGAAGUAGUGUACAACGCGGAAUCAGAUAUUCAUUUACCUCACUUGACAGUAUACGAGACUCUGUUCACCGUCGCAAGAUUGAAGACACCACAGAACAGAAUCAAGGGGGUCUCCAGGGAGGACUACGCAAACCACGUCACAGAUGUAGUCAUGGCAACGUACGGUCUUUCACAUACAAGGGACACAAAAGUGGGGAACGAUCUUGUUCGUGGUGUCUCGGGAGGGGAGAGGAAAAGAGUCUCCAUCGCGGAGGUGACAAUCUGUGGGUCCAAGUUUCAAUGCUGGGAUAACGCCACCAGGGGGCUUGACUCAGCGACUGCGCUGGAGUUUAUCAGAGCGUUGAAGACACAGGCGGAUAUUGCUAAUUCAACAGCAACGGUCGCCAUCUACCAGUGUUCCCAGGACGCGUACGACCUGUUCGAUAAAGUGUGUGUGCUCGACGACGGGUACCAGAUCUUUUACGGAUCAGGUACAGAGGCUAAACAGUACUUCUUGAACAUGGGGUACGUGUGCCCAGACAGGGAGACGACCGCGGAUUUUUUAACCGCGAUCACGUCACCAGCGGAGAGAAUCGUCAACCAGGAAUUUCUCAAUAAGGGGAUUUACGUGCCGCAGACACCAAAAGAGAUGAACGACUACUGGAUCAACUCGGAAAACUACAAAAAACUCAUGCUAGAGAUCGAGGAGAACUUGUCCAAAAACGACGAUGAGGAGAAACGGGUCGUUAAGGAGGCUCACGUCGCCAAACAGUCGAAGAGGGCAAGACCAUCGUCACCUUACGUGGUCAGCUACGGUUUACAGGUGAAGUACUUGCUAGUCAGGAACUUUUGGAGAAUGAAGAACAGUUCUAGUAUCACUCUGUUCCAAGUGUUCGGCAACUCGGUCAUGGCAUUCAUCUUGGGGUCCAUGUUUUACAAAGUCAUGCUGCACUCAACAACGGCAACUUUCUACUUCAGGGGGUCCGCUAUGUUCUUCGCCAUUCUUUUCAACGCCUUCUCCUGUCUAUUGGAGAUUUUCUCACUGUACGAGGCAAGACCUAUCACAGAAAAGCACAGAACAUACUCGUUGUACCACCCAAGUGCAGACGCGUUUGCAUCGGUCAUUUCAGAGAUCCCACCCAAAAUCGUAACCGCAUCUGUUUCAAUAUCAUCUUUUACUCCUAAGUCAACUUCCGCUAGGAACGGUGGUGUCUUCUUCUUCUACUUCCUUAUUAAUAUCAUCUCGACAUUUGCAUUAUCGCACCUGUUCCGUUGUGUUGGGUCCGUCACGAAAACGCUACAAGAGGCCAUGGUACCAGCUUCGAUGCUGCUACUGGCCAUCUCUAUGUUCACAGGUUUUGCGAUCCCAAAGACGAAAAUCCUCGGCUGGUCCAAAUGGAUCUGGUACAUCAACCCGUUGGCUUACUUAUUUGAAUCGCUGAUGAUUAAUGAAUUCCACGACAUAAGAUACCCCUGUGCAAUGUACAUCCCAUCUGGAUCUGUGUACGACUCCGUCACGGGUACAGAAAGGGUCUGUGGUGUCGUCGGUAGUGUCCCCGGAAGAGAUUACGUCCUCGGUGACGACUAUUUAAGGGAAUCCUACGGGUAUUACCACAAACACAAGUGGAGAGGGUUUGGUAUCGGUAUGGCAUAUGUCAUUUUCUUUUUCUUCGUGUACUUGCUACUUUGUGAGUACAACGAGGGUGCCAAACAAAAGGGUGAGAUGUUGAUUUUCCCAGAAUCGGUCGUUAGAAAGAUGCAAAAGCAGAAAAAGUUGAAAGGUAGAGGAUCUACGGAUCAAGAGGACAUUGAAAAAAGUGCUGGGAACGAAAAUUCCACUUUCACAGAUAAAACAAUGUUGAAGGACGGUACCACCGAUUCUAAUUCAGCUACCAUGGAUGAUACCAAGGCAAGCUUGCCCGAUUUGACUCCGAGAAAAACGAGAGAAUCAGAAAUUGCCGCUCAGAUGUCAGACUUUAAAAUAUCUGAGUCUAAGGCCAUCUUCCACUGGAGAGAUCUAUGUUACGACGUUAAAAUCAAGAACGGUACUAGGAGAAUUCUGAGUAACGUCGAUGGAUGGGUCAAGCCCGGGACGCUCACAGCCCUUAUGGGUGCAUCUGGGGCCGGUAAAACUACAUUGCUAGAUUGUUUGGCAGAAAGAGUAACCAUGGGUGUCAUUACCGGUUACAUCUAUGUGGAUGGUAAAUUGCGUGAUACAUCUUUUCCCAGAUCGAUUGGUUACUGUCAACAGCAGGAUUUACAUUUGAAGACUGCUAGUGUGAGGGAAUCGUUGAGGUUCUCUGCAUAUCUACGUCAGCCAGCCUCCGUCAGCAAAGAGGAGAAGGACGCAUACGUUGAAGAGGUCAUAAAGAUUUUAGAAAUGGAAGCAUACGCAGACGCCAUUGUAGGUGUUGCUGGUGAAGGUUUGAACGUUGAACAAAGAAAAAGAUUGACGAUCGGAGUUGAGCUGGCCGCAAAGCCUAGAUUAUUGGUCUUCUUGGAUGAACCUACGUCAGGUUUAGACUCUCAAACUGCCUGGGCCACUUGUCAAUUGAUGAGAAAGUUGGCAGAACAUGGUCAAGCUAUUCUAUGUACCAUCCACCAACCUUCGGCCAUUUUGAUGCAAGAGUUUGAUCGUUUGCUAUUUUUGCAAAAGGGUGGUCAGACUGUUUAUUUCGGAGACUUAGGUGAUGGAUGUAAGACAAUGAUUGAUUACUUCGAAUCCUACGGUGCCCACAAAUGUCCACCUCAAGCGAAUCCUGCCGAAUGGAUGUUAGAAGUCGUCGGUGCCGCUCCAGGUUCGCAUGCCUCCCAAGAUUACUAUGAGGUGUGGAGAAACUCUAAGGAAUAUCAGGCAGUUAAAGAAGAAUUGGAUUGGAUGGAAAAGGAACUACCAAAGAGAAGUAAGGAAGAGACUGAAGAGGAGAAAAAGCAGUUUGCCACAACCAUAUUUUAUCAAUGCAAACUUGUCUGCGUGCGUUUAUUCCAACAGUACUGGAGGACGCCGGAUUAUCUGUGGUCAAAGUUCAUCCUAACCAUUUUCAACCAAUUGUUCAUCGGCUUUACAUUUUUCAAAGCGGACAGAUCCUUACAAGGUCUUCAAAACCAAAUGUUGUCAAUCUUCAUGUAUACCGUCAUUUUCAACCCAUUGUUACAGCAGUAUUUGCCUUCAUUUGUCCAACAGAGAGAUUUGUACGAAGCUAGAGAGCGUCCAUCCAGAACGUUCUCUUGGUUUGCUUUCAUCAUUUCUCAGAUUUUGGUUGAAGUUCCGUGGAACAUUCUAGCUGGUACAAUAUCUUUCUGCAUCUACUACUAUGCCGUUGGUUUCUACAGUAAUGCAUCUGUUGCAGGUCAACUACACGAAAGAGGUGCUCUAUUUUGGUUAUUCUCAAUUGGCUUCUAUGUGUACGUUGGUUCAAUGGGGCUGAUGGUUAUUGCGUUUAAUGAAGUAGCAGAGACUGCUGCUCAUUUAGCAAGUUUGUUGUUCACCAUGGCUUUAUCUUUUUGUGGUGUUAUGGUCACGCCUAAUAGCAUGCCAAGAUUCUGGAUUUUCAUGUACAGAGUUUCGCCUCUUACUUACCUGAUUGAUGCUUUGUUGGCUUUAGGUGUGGCGAAUGUCGAGGUAAAAUGUGCAGACUACGAGUAUGUGCAGUUUACGCCUCCCCAAGGCCAGACCUGCGGAGAAUACAUGAAUCCUUAUAUCACGGCGGCCAAGACAGGAUAUUUAACUGACCCGGGGGCAACUGAUCUUUGUCAUUUUUGCCAAUUUUCCCAUACAAAUGACUUCUUAAAACAGGUGUAUUCUGCAUACUAUAGAAGAUGGAGGAAUUAUGGUAUCUUUAUCUGCUAUAUUGUUUUCAAUUACGUUGCGGGUAUCUUCUUCUACUGGUUAGCUAGAGUUCCUAAGAGUAAUGGUAAAAUUGAUCAACUGUCCAAAAAGGAGAAGUAA